GCGGAACAAGCAUUUCGGUGGGAAGUGUAUGGGGGGGGGAGACGGAGAAAGAUACGAGGAACAUUGAACUGUUCUCAUUGUUCAGUUUUUUCAAGUAUUAUUUAAAAGAAACAAACGGGAGAAAGAUGUCCUAUGAAACAAAAUAUAUAUUUGCUACAUUACCAAGAACACAAAGAGGACAACCCCUUGUAUUAGGAGGUGAUCCUAAAGGAAAAAACUUUUUAUAUACUAAUGGUAAUAGUGUAAUUAUUAGAAAUAUUGAUACCAAUCAGGCAAGAUACGUAUUUGGGAUACUGUUAACAAAGAACACAUUUUAAAAAAUGAAUUUCAUCCUAUUGGAGGGCCUAUUAAGGAUAUAGCAUGGUCACCUGACAAUCAACGUAUGGUAGUUGUUGGAGAAGGAAGAGAAAGAUUUGGUCAUGUAUUUAUGGCAGAAACCGGUACCUCUGUAGGUGAAAUCUCUGGUCAAAGUAAAUCUAUUAACUCAUGCGACUUCAGACCUGCCAGACCAUUUAGAUUAAUCACUGGAAGUGAAGACAAUACUAUUGCCGUUUUUGAAGGGCCGCCAUUUAAGUUUAAAAUGACCAAACAGGAACAUACUCGAUUUGUUCAAGCUGUACGUUAUUCGCCUAGUGGUAAUUUAUUUGCAUCUGCAGGAUUUGAUGGAAAAGUAUUUAUUUAUGAUGGUACGAGCUCUGAUUUAGUUGGUGAAGUAGGGUCACCAGCUCAUCAAGGCGGAGUAUAUGGAGUGGCUUGGAAACCAGAUGGAACGCAGUUAUUAACUGCUUCUGGUGAUAAGACAUGUAAACUUUGGGACAUAGAAACUCGCUCAUUGAUUAGUGAAUUUAGUAUGGGAUCAACAGUCGACGAUCAACAAGUUAGUUGUUUGUGGCAAGACAAGUACUUGCUAUCUGUGUCUUUGAGUGGUUUUAUUAAUUAUCUGGAUGUUGAUAAUCCUACGAAACCUCUUAGAAUAAUAAAGGGUCAUAAUAAACCAAUAACAGUAUUAACUUUGAGCCCAGAUAGAAGUAUAAUUUAUACUGGAUCUCAUGAUGGAUACAUUACCAAUUGGAAUGCGAAGACGGGAGAGAACGAUCGUGUUCAGGGUCAUGGACAUGGAAAUCAAAUUAAUGGAAUGAAAGCUGCAAAAAAUUUACUUUAUACCGCUGGUAUCGAUGAUACUUUAAGAUCAGUUGAUAUCGAUACAAAUACAUAUACAGACACGGCUAUAGUUAAACUGGAUUCCCAACCACGAGGUCUAGAUAUUUACAAAGAUAUAGCUGUAAUUGUAACUGUUCGGCAGAUAACGCUUACACAAGAUGGACGAAAAGUAUCAAAUACACCAAUCGAUUAUGAACCAUCUUGUGUGUCAAUUAAUCAGGAAAAUGGUGAUGUAGCUGUAGGAGCUACAUCGGACAAUAUGAUUCGUAUAUAUACCUUAUCAGGUACGAAUUUAACUUGGAAAAUGGAAUUAGAACAUUUAGGUACAGUUACAGAUGCUGCUUACAGUCCUGAUAAUAAACACUUGGUAGCGUGUGACACAAAUCGAAAGGUGAUUCUUUAUACUGUGCCAGAAUAUAAGCUUGCACACAAUAGAGAAUGGGGUUUUCAUAAUGCAAGAGUGAAUUCUGUAGCAUGGUCUCCUAAUUCGGCUAUGGUCGCAAGCGGUAGCCUUGACACAACUAUCAUUAUUUGGAGUGUAACAAAUCCAGCAAAGCAUACUAUUAUUAAAAAUGCUCAUCCUCAGAGCCAAAUAACACGUUUAGUUUGGCUAGAUGAGGAAACAUUGAUCUCAGUCGGGCAGGACUGUAAUACUAAAAUAUGGCGUAUAGAAAAGAUUUAAUUAAUAUUUUUUAAAAAUAACAUUUUUUAAAAAUGUGUCUUUCCUUCUUUUUAAAAGAGCUUAAUUUUUGAAUGCAUUUUAUUUAUUUCGUAGCCAAUGAAUGAAUAUUGUAUAUUAUUUUUUAAUACGAUUUUCCAAAUAAUAUUGAUUAGUCUGUAUUACGAUCAUUUACAUUCGGUAUAUCAGAAUAAUCAAAAAUAAGUACACAGUAUAUACAAAUGAAAUUUCAAUAACAUCUUUUUACAUUUUUGCGCAAUGUCAAUUAUAAACAAUUUUUUAUAUACUAUAGUUAUUUUUUAACUAUUUACAAUGUAACGCGACGAAAGCAUAUCCUCUUUUCUGAUUCUUCGAUUUUUACUGGAAAAUUGUAAAAAGCAUUAAUUAUGAAAAAGAAAGUCAAAACGAAAAAUAUAACUAAUGUCUACUUUGUCUUUAUUACAACAGCGUAACGAUAACAAGAAAACAGUAACAAUUCGAAGGGUUUCGAGGAACGUGAUCACGCUUUAAGUUAUUUGUACAUUUAAAAACAACCAAGAUCUUGCUUGCCUUAUUCUUAAUCAGUCUAGUACUGAAUAUUUUUUUAAAAACGUGAGGUACAUAAGUUUUUCAUAUUAAAUUCUCCCUAAUUUAAUUUUAUAUAAUAAAAUAUUAAUCUUUCAUAUAUAUUUGCAACUUGAUAGUUCAAAUAUUAAAUCAAAAAAACAAUUAAAAAGGAUCAUAUAAGUUAGGAAAUAGUCUUUAUAUAAUUUCGUUUUAGUACAUUUCAUCUAACAACUCCUUUCUUUUAACUAAAAUAAUCGUACCGUAUUUUUUGUACAAGGAUUUUAAUAAUUUUACAUUAAUAAUUUAUUGAUUCAACCUUUUUUUAAAUUAAAAGUCUAUUAUUUAAAGAUAUACUCUAGUAAUAAAUAAGAAAAAAAUCAAAAAAUUUAUAACUAGAUUUUCAAUUUUUCUUUUCUUUUUUUUAAGUUUUUUAAUCAAUAGAGUGUUCAAUAUUCAAGUCAAAUUGAAUAACACAAGAUUUAUGUUUUAAAUAAAACGUAUCCUAAAAUGAAAGGUAUGAUAUAAAUCAAGUUAUCUAUAAGAAAAUCAAUUUCUAUGAUUUUGGUGUACUAUAUCGUGAUCGUUUUUGUGAUGAAGCAACUGGAUGUCUGUAAGAAACAUGUUUUCUAAGUGCAUCUCGUGAUCUUGAUACAUGUGAACAAGCUGUGCAGCUAUACGAACUAUUACUGUGUGUCUCCAUGUGUACUCGCAAAUUAUAUUGAUUACUUAAUUGUUUUCCACAGAUAAGGCAAGUGACACUAGACUUAUUGUAAUUCUGAGAACUUCUACCGCCCACAGAACUUGUCAGAAACUUGAAAUUUGCAUCCCAAAUAGGUGGAGGUUUUGUAUCUUCUACCGGAGUAAUUUGAUCUUCUAAAAUAGGUGUACCUUCAUCCAUUCCACUUUCCGAAUAUGCUUUCUCGACGUAUUUGUUUGUAGAAGCAUUAAUGGAAGGAAUACUGACUUUUUCCCUUUGAUUUAAUUUCGCAUUAAUGGAAUAGUAGGGCUUAGUCUUCACGCAAUAUGGUAGACUUUCUUGAUCAUGAAAGGAUUGUUCUUCCAUGGUCUCAGCUGCAUCUGUAUCUAGAACUGUUUCUAAAGAUUCUCUACUACCUAUGAUAUUAUCUUUAGUUUCUUUUUUUAUCGGGGUUUCAGUCAAUAUCUUUUCUUGCAGUUGCACUGGUGGAGGUUGAACGUAUAAACCGUUAUCGUGUCUCGAAUUUUUCUGUAAACUCAUUCUAUGGGGAAAGGUUCCAUGGGAUGCAUCCACUUGCAUUUAGUUGCAACACACACAACGAUCUUGAUCUCGUGGAUAUCGUUUAUAUUCAUUAUCGUUCCUUUGAUGCACGCAUGAACAUAAUAUGUGGUAGGUAAUUCCUUCGUGUGAUACUUCUUGAGGAACGACAGUGAAUGUAUUUAAGUGACCCCAGCUAUAUCAGCUAAUCCACGAAUAUGCAAAGUAUCUGCCAUAGCCAAAAGUGCAGGUAGUUGCUCUUGAUAAAUAUUUACUUCGCCGUUAUACAUAAAUGUGACAAGUGCACAUAAGUUUGCAUAUUCCAUCCCUGGUAAUACUAUUACCGGAUGUUGCAAAGAACUUAAGUCCUUGAAUAAUUCUUUGAAAUAGUAACUACAAGCAGAAAGGAUAAUCUUAUGUGCGUGUAUGUGUCUACCACCGGCGCUUAACGUAACAUCUGUUAAAUAACCACCGUCAAGCAGUUUAGGAAGAGAGCUUAACAGUGUGUUUUGAAAAUUGUGCCAUCGUAGACAAAAUUGUUGCCCUUCCAUGUUCUUAUAUACUCGAUAAAAAAAAAGAAUAUGUUUGAUCAGAUCGUCAAUGAUAUUCUGUACAGGACACUACACACUCUGAUCUGGCAGCACUUCGCCAUAAUCACCAGUAACGUAGAAAAAGUGUGACAACUUAUUCGACGUCGACGUACACCGUCACCUGUCGACAUGCUGCCGAAACAAUGAUUUCAGAAUCAUUAAAAAUCGCAGAAGAGAAAAUGAUUUAUUUCCUUUUCUCAGCGGAUGGUUUUCUCCAUCUUCUUUGAUAUCGUUAUGACUAUUUAUUUUCACUUCUUCUCGCUAUGCUUUUUUUAAAACUUAGAAACUUAACAGAAGCUUAAACUUAGCACUGAGAAAUUUAAUAUAUAUUCGAUAAACUCGUGUAAAAAU